AUGGAGACCGAAUCCGUCCUUCACCAGCAGCUCCCAAAUGCAUAUCGAUCGCUCCCUCUCCAGCCGGAAGCCGCGCAGGUAAUUCAGCAUGGUCAAGCCCACCUCGCCCAUCAUGCUCUCCCACCACAGGCUGGCCUCGAUCUCACCGGCCUCGACGAUAACGACCCCGUCUUCCACCAGGACCUUCGAAUGCAAGAUCCGAACAGCCAUGCAUAUCAGAGCCCGAAUCCGUUUGAACGCAAUCAUGGACACCGCCCUCUCCACGUCCAGAAUGCCGAAAGCCCUCAUACCCCGCAGCAGCACGGUAAUGGCGGGCAGUUUGGUAUCCUAACCACGAACCCCAUCCAACACAACUCAAUUGGUCGAUUACAGCAAGAAGAUGAUUUAUUCGGUGCACCAGAAGGCGUCGAUCAGAAGAGCAAUAGUCACCACCUCAGUACCAGAAUUGUCGUAGAUCCGCCGGAUCUUGGCGAAUGGCGCCAGAAGCUAUUCGAUGUUAAUGAGAUGAUUACCUUGAGUGAGGAAGAGUUCGAAACAUAUUUUCCACACGUCGAUAAUGUGUACUCGCAUCGUUCGACCCAGCGCUACAAGCGCAAACCUUUUGUGUCUCAUUAUUGGGACUGUCGACUGAAGGGACGGCCCCCAGGGACACCGAAAUCCGAUGACCCGAAUAAGAAGAAGCGCAAACGCACUGCUAGGGAACGGGAUCUUUGCGAUGUCAAGAUCAAGAUCACAGAGUACUUCCCAGGGGCUAUGUUGCGCGCAGGUUUCGAGCCAGAUGAUGGCCCUGUUCAAGAUCCAGCCCAAGGAAAUAAUUUCUUCGCGCCAGGUCAACCAGGAAGUCAACAACAGCAGCAAUUUGGUAUGUCGCUAGUUAAUCCUACGUUGCCUCCAAACCAUCCAGGCGCAACUGGUCAGCGAUAUUACACAAUUCAACGAGUCAAUGGAAAUGGGGGAAAUGGUAAAGGCGAUGGCGUUCCGGGGCCCCAUAAACACGGUUUGGUGGAGAGCGACCGAGUUAAAAAGAACAGUGUCCAGCGAUAUCUUCUGAAGAGAGAUAAAGAAGACAAAAAAACGCAGAAGACUUACCACAAGAAGGCCAGCGGCAAUGCCCUGGCAACUGUAAGGAAACACUCAAAAGAGCAUGAAUUAAAACUUUUUGGAAGCUGUUUUUGUCCAUUUGUUCAGCGCGUUUGGAUCGCAUUUGAAGCAAAAGGACUCCAGUACCAAUAUAUUGAGGUUGAUCCCUACAAAAAGCCGCAGGCUCUAUUAGAUGUCAACCCUCGAGGCUUGGUACCUGGCAUUCGCCAUGGAGAUUGGGGCUGCGGUGAGAGUACGGUUUUGAUGGAAUAUUUGGAAGAUCUGAAUGCAGGUCCGCCGUUCCUUCCCCAAGGAAACCCUCAACUUAGAGCUACAUGUAGGCUAUGGAGUGACCAUAUAAACAGGAAUAUCAUUCCGGCAUUCUACCAGGUCCUCCAAGCUCAGGACUUUGCCAAGCAAACCGAGAGUACGAAAAAGCUCCAAGAAGAGAUACAGAAAAUCGUCGAGGUUUCAGACCAACAAGGCCCCUUCUUCCUAGGCCCACAGCUCUCCUAUGUUGACAUACAAUUUGCACCAUGGAUGAUCCGCCUUUCGCGAGUCAUGAAACACUAUCGAGGCUGGCCAGAUCCAACUCCAGGGAGCAGAUGGGGAUGUUGGAUGGAGGCCGUGGAAAAUAAUGAACAUGUCAAAAAUACCACGAGCUUGGAUGAGCUAUACAUCGACAGCUAUGAACGAUAUGCGCAGAACCGGCCUAAUACAUCGCAGCUUGCGGAUGCUAUUAACGGAGGAUACAAUUUACCAUGA